AUGUUUGAGGCAGUAUACAUAGCAGACUCUACGAAUUCGUUGGUGUUUGAGUACUUGAUUAAUUUAUCUUGUCCAAAGUUCAAUUCAUUAAAAAACCUUGUCAAAUUAGAUGAAUAUGAUCAAUCAAAACUGAGGUUAGUUGAAAUCAAUUCGGAGUAUUUCGUUGCAUUUGAAAAGACGUCUAACCUCGUAAUAUAUUUACUAUGCUCCUCUAAAACUAAUCCGAACCCUAUAAUGCCAUUUGUGUUUAUUAAUCGCUUGGUUGAAGUUAUGGAAGAUUAUUUUGGAAAACCAUUAGCUGUCACGAAGAUAGAUGCAAAUAUUGAUACGUUGACGUUACUCAUAAAUGAGAUGAUAGAUGACGGAAUACCUAAUGUUACAGAUUUCAAUCGGUUGAGAGAUUUGAUUCCUCUUAGUAAUUUGUUUACUAAAUUGUUGAGUACUAGCAAUGAGUUGGCAAGUGCGGUGUCAAACAAGUCAUUAUCUUCGAUAACACAUAACACUAGAAAAGCUGAAAUUCUCUCUUCAAACAUGCAGCAAGCUUCUGUUCCUUGGAGGAGGGAUAAUGUUAAGUAUACUAACAACGAAAUGUAUGUUGAUGUUGUGGAAACCAUAAAUGUAAUCUUAAAACCAUUGCCUAAACAUAUUGGCAAGGAAUCUAAUUUGUUAGCAUCAUCAAAAGGAUUUGAUUCAGCAUUUUACUCAACGUCAUUAAAGACGUCAUCAAAAUUGAUACCGAUUGUCGGCUCGAUUGAUGGACAGAUAAAUUUUAUUUCUCAUUUGACAGGAGUUCCUUAUUUACAAAUGAUAUUAAAUAAAGGUGGGUUAAAAAUGGAUUUGCCAUCUUUUCACGAAUGUAUAGAAUUGGAUAAAUGGACCAAUGAUCCAGGUAAUUUAUCAUUUAUUCCACCUGAUGGAAGUUCUACUUUAAUGAGUUAUCAAAUUGAUUUGAACUCAAUAAAUAAAAGAGAUCAAAAGGAUAUGCUUGGAGUUAUUGACAUAGACUAUCAACAUGGAUUGGGCUCUAACCAAAACGAAUUUGAGAUUAGAUUAUUCAUUAACAACAAUAAAUCUGUACCCAAAAUUGAAAAUUUGUGCAUAGAAAUACAUUGCGAUAAUGUAAAUGAAGAUAAGGCCACAUCUUCUGAUGAUUCAAGUGGAAAUGGCAAUAUAAAUGUUAGUAACAUUAGAGCUAGCAGAAUAACGCAUGGUGAUUUUUCCUUUAAGGGAAAAGGUAAAGGAGAAUGGAAUAUACGCAAUAUAGCUACCGGCACACAGCCAAUGCUUCACGGAUCUAUAGUGUCAGAUGGAUCUUAUGAGUCCCUGGAGUUAUCAAGUGCCCUCAAAGAACACGAUAAGUCUAACUUGAGCGACAAGGAAUCAACACCACUUGCAGCAGAAGCUAUUAAGCCAAUUUACUUAAAGUUAUCAUAUGCUCACAAGGGGUGUGUUCCGAGUGGAUUGAAGGUUGACUCGUUGAAAAUAGUUAGUGCCAAAGGUUUGGGAGACACAGUCAAACCUUAUAAGGGUGUUAAGUACAUUGCUAAGACCGGUAAUUUUAUAAUACGCUCGUAA